AUGGAGUUUAAUUCCCUUGAAGAGCUAUUAAGUUAUUUUAAGGAAUAUGGUAAAAAAUGCAGGUUUGGGGUGAUGAUAAAACGGACUGAGAGAGAAGAAGAUGACUCUGUUAGAUACUUCACUCUUUCUUGUGCCCGUGGUGGGAAGGCCUGGAAUAGGACUCUAAAUGUUGCCAAUCCAACAGGAAAGACGGAAUGUAAGGUAAAGAUUAAUGCCUUAAGGCAAGAUGGAGUGCUUCGGUUGACGACAAUACAUAAUAUCCAUAACCAUGGCCUAAGUCCAAAGAAAUCUCGCUUCUUUCGAUGUAAUAGAGAAGUUAGUGAUGCCGUAAAAAGGGUCCUAGAUACAAAUGACUUGGCUGGCAUCCGAGCGAAUAAGAGUUACGGAUCUCUCGUUGUUGGUGCGGGUGGAUUUGAGAAUCUCCCAUUCUUGGAAAAUGAUUGUCAUAAUUAUAUUGAUAAGGCAAGACAUGUACGACUUGGCGCAAGUGGUGCUGGACUGCUCCGACAGUAUUUUUUACGGAUGCAAUACAAACAUCCUGGGUUUUUUUAUAUGAUGGAUAUAGAUGAUGAUGGGAGGUUAAAGAACGUCUUCUGGGCGAACCCCCGUAGUAGAGCAGCAUACCAGUAUUUUGGCGAUAUGGUCACAUUCGACACCACAUACCUAACGAAUCGAUAUGGUAUGCCGUUUGCACCAUUUGUUGGUAUAAACCACCAUGGGCAGUCAAUUCUAUUGGGAGCAAGCUUGAUUUCUAAUGAGGAUACCGAGACAUUUGUGUGGUUAUUCGAGACAUGGUUGCAAUGCAUGGAUGGUAACGCUCCGAAAGCUAUUAUCACUGAUCAAAAUAGAGCAAUGAAAAAUGCAAUCGCAAUUGUCUUCCCAAAUACCCGACAUAGAUUUUGUCUUUGGCAUAUAUUGAAGAAAUUUCCUGAGAAGGUUGGCUCAUAUGGUUCGUACAAAACUGGGAUCAAGAGUGCAUUGAUGAAAUGUAUAUAUGACACCCAAUGUGUUGAUGAGUUUGAGAAAUGUUGGGAUCAGUUGCUUACCACUUACAACUUAGGAGAUAAUCCGUGGUUGCAGAGCCUAUACGUUGAGCGUGAGCAUUGGGUACCGGCAUUUUUGAAGGAGUGUUUUUGGACUGGAAUGAGUACAACGCAGCGAAGUAAGAGCAUGAAUGCAUUCUUUGACGGUUAUGUACAUUCUAGGAUAAACUUAAAGGAGUUUGUAGACCAAUUUGAUAAUGCAUUGAAGAAAAAGAUUGAGAAUGAAAAUCUCGCGGACUUCCAAUCAUUUAAUGUGCAAUCCCCUGUAUAUCUAGAUCUCCGAUUGAAAAGAGGUUCCAAGAGUUGUACACGAUAG